GAUAUCAUCUGCUAAAUAGCAGGUUCUUAGGAGGUUUUCAUGGCAGCAGAUGCGAAGAGAUUAGGUGCAGCUCGGAGCAGGGAGGAGGCGUGGAAUUGACGUCAAACCUUGGAUUUAGCUAUAGCAAGAAGUAAAACCGGCUGCAGCAAGUGGAGAAUCGCACGGAUCGUGAAGGCCAGCUGAAGAACGGAUAGGGAGAUUCGUUCCUCGAUCGACUGGGUUGGAGUUCGUGGGCUCCGUGGGCUGUGAGAGGAAGAGCAGGCGGUUUAGACUUGUAGCAGUCGGGAUUGUAAGGAGAGUGAGGUCGACGGAGAAGCUCUAGUCUAUGAGGAUAAGUGGUUUUGACUGAAGAGUUACGGGAAGGAAAACCGGAAGAGGCGUUGGCUUUAGCAGGACGUCGUUUUAAAGUUGGAAGUCGAAGAAGAACCGUAAGAAACUGCGUGAGCUGCAAUUUUAACGGGAGAAAUUUAAGCUCAAUCGAAAUAGAAUCGUGUCAUAGAGCUGACAGAAGCAGAUCAGAGCGGCUACAGCAGCGUGAUUCACGGGAUUACAUCGGAGAUUUGCAGAACUUCCACAAAGCCGAGAUUUGGAAGGUUGGAUGAAGUGCACGAAGUUCACCAUUCAAGAUCAAGUGUGGAUUUGCAUCACAUAAUUCAGCAGUUGCCAAAAUCUUUUAUGCCACGCUUAGGCCAUCUACUAGAAACUUGAACUUGAUAGUAAAGUAGAAUGGAAAACCAAGCCUUCACAGAUUGGAAAGGCAAGCCUAUUAACAAAACAAAGCAUGGGGGAGCCAAAGCAACUUACUUCAUCCAUUUUCUGGUGCUGGCCACCAACAUCGUUUAUAUACCGAAUAUGCUGAAUUUGGUGACCUAUCUUCAUGACCGGAUGCAUGCUGAUAUUGCAAGCUCUUCAACUAUGGUCACUAACUUCGUUGGGGCUACAUGUGCAUUUGCUUUGCUGGGAGGAUUCCUGUCUGACUCUUAUAUCUCUAGAUUUAAAACUAUGCUAAUAUUUGGUCCUAUUGAAUUCUUGGGAUUAGCAUCACUUGCGUUGCAAGCACACUUACCUUCUCUUCAACCCCCAAAAUGUGAUACUGUCAACGAAUGGAACAGUUGUAAAAAGAUGUCUAAUCUUGAUGCUUCCAUUCUUUAUUUAUCCUUAUACACCGUGGCUUUAGGAGAAGGUUGUCUUCGUUCCUCCAUGGCAUCUUUUGGAGGAGAUCAAUUUGAUGAGAAUGGCCCCAUAGAGUCUCAACAAAAGUCCAGUUUUUUUAAUUGGUAUACUUUUGACAUAUCUUUGGGAGGUUUAUUAGGAUUAAUUUUCAUAGUCUGGAUUGAGAAUAACAAGGGAUGGGAUUAUGGAUUUGGUGUUUCUGCCCUUGUUAUUCUCUUUGGACUGGUUUCAGUAGCCAGUGGCUUCUCCUUUUAUAGAAUUCAGAGACCAAGAGGAAGUCCUCUUACUCGACUAUUACAGGUUAUAGUGGCUGCAUUCAAAAAGAGAAAGCUUAGUCUUCCUGAAAAUACUGAUGAUUUGCACCAACUGGAUAUCAAGGAAGAGACUUUCGGCAUGGAGGUUCUCUCUCACACAAGUGGUCUCGAAUUCCUCGACAAAGCAGCUAUAUCUCAUGGCAGUGCAGGAGCAUGGUCAUUAUCCACAGUGAGCCAAGUUGAAGAAACAAAGAUUAUAAUUCGAAUGCUUCCGAUCUUCCUGAGCUCCCUUUCAUGCUAUUUAUGUGUUCCCCUUUUACUUACAUUCACAGUACAACAAGGCAACACCAUGAACACCAAGCUCGGGAAAAUACAUUUUUCUCCAGCUUCUUUAAUGAUCAUUCCACAAACCUUUCAGAUAAUAUUCUUGGUACUUUAUGACACCUUAUUUGUUCCAUUUGCAAGGAAAUUUACAGGUUAUAGAAAUGGUAUAACUCAACUACAAAGAAUUUCUGUUGGUUUUAUAUCAAUAUCUUUUGCAAUGUGUGUUGCUGCUUUAGUCGAAAGGAAGAGAAAGAGAGUUGCAGAACUAAAUGGUCUCAUAGAUUCUAGCACAGAAGUGCCCAUUUCUGUGUUCUGGUUAGGAGCUCAAUUAUUUUUCAUAGGCAUUUCAGACGUUACUUCUUUCGUUGGAUUACUUGAAUUCUUCGUCGAAGAGGCAUCAAUGGGAAUGAAAUCAAUGGGAACAGCUAUAUUCUAUUGUUUGAUUGGAUUGUCCUCACUGCUUGCCACAUUUGUUGUUGAAGUUGUUAAUAAAGCUACUAGAAAUGGGGAAGAAGGGAUGGGAUGGCUAGAUGGCAAUAAUUUGAAUAAGAGUCAUCUUGAUAAUUUCUACUGGUUGCUCUCUAUAAUAGGGUUUAUGGGACUUAUCAACUAUCUUUAUUGGGCUAAAAAAUAUGUAUAUAGGCAUGAUCUUCGUAUUCAAAGUUUAAAUUGAUAGUGAUGUUGAUUUUGUAUGUCCAUCUAUGAAUUUUCAGUUAAGUGAAUAAAUUUUUGUACGUUGCUUAGGCUUGAAACAAGUUUGUUUUACAACGUAAUGAUGCAUUGGCCAAGUGCCUAGGCGCUUCUGCAA